GUUUGACAGGUCAGCCUCGAGCCUCUUUUUAGCUUCUCGAGUAGCGUAUUUUAAUUUUAUCUCAUGUUAUCAUUUUAUUUACGCGCAAUAUUUAAUAUGUAUGUAGUAGUUAUGGUAGUGUAGUUUGUAUUUUAGAUUUUUCCUAAGUGCACUUACAGUGUUACAUAAACAGUACGUCGCCAAUCGUGUCGGCAAGCCGUAUGUAUAUACCUAGGCAAUACGUCAGUGAAUGAAUGUUGGCUCUAGAUAAUGGAUGUUGAUGCACCUAACAUAUUGAAAAGGAGCAGCAGCGCACCUCUAAUCAAUGAGGCAGCAUCUACGGCAGUCACUUCACCCACAACGAAUACAGCGCCCAGGAGUACGUCAUUCUUCAGCAUGUUCUCAAACAACAACCUGUCGCGUACGCGUCGGCACAGCGGCAGCUCCAGCCCACUCUCUGCACCUAUAAAUUUGUCUAAUGUGUGGGGGAAGCGCAUGACGCCGCGUGUGAGCCAACUGCGUGCAGAGGAGUGCGCGGAUGUGAGCAACACACGAGAGGUGGCGCACGAGCGCGAGGUGCACUGCGCCAUGCAGAUGGGCCAGUCCUGCGAGGAUCUCGCCCUCGCCGCCGGCGCAGGCGCCGCGCACUCGCCCACACGACUUGCUAGAUUUUCACCGGUAGUGUCACCGUCUCCGACUAGGAAGUACACGACGCGGCGGAGUCUGUCACCUAUAGCAAUCCGUGCGGCGACUCUGAGCCCGGUGAGCAGACCUAGCGCACUCGGCGGCGGAGGCAAGCGGCGCUGGGACGAGGGUGACUCCCCGCUGCCGAAGCGCAUGUGCACGGACAGGCUGACUCCAUCCACCCCCGGCACUCCCGGCACCCCCGGCACACCAGACUCAGACCUCGAGUGCACCUUCAGGCCCGUGUCCCCGCGACACCAGCCCAUGCACGAGGUACAGGACCCCGACACCCACAAGGCCACCCCCAGCUAAUAGUAUGUAUGACAAGACGCGUCUUAUGUACAAAGGUUUGUUAUAUUUGUUCAUGUCCAGUACAUUGUUGUUCCGUUACUUUCGACAUAAAACAAAGUUAAUUUGUUUUGACCG